GCAUGCGCACAUGAUGUUCUGCGUUCACUUCCACAUAAACAAGAGCAGUGUUAGUGGAUAGCAAAACAUGGAGCAUCGCUUUGACAGGGCGGCAGCGGUGCUGUCACCGCUGGAGGAGUCCAGCGCGGAGGUGAGCAGAGACAGCGGCAUCGUGUCCCAGAGCGCCAGCAGCUUGUCUAUGGUGAGUGAGGCCCUGAGCAGCGGAACUGUGUCUCAGAGCCCGAGCUUUGGCGCUGCGGUGGCCCAGAGCCCGAGCUCAGCAGCGGGAGAAACCCAGGACCAGAGCGAACCGGAGCAGACCCAAGACGACGAGCUACUGAGACACACGGCAAUCACUUACUCUUCUUAUAUCAGAGCCAACGCGGAAGAAGAGGUCCUAUGCUUGGAGAAAAGCCUGGAGGAAAUGCUUACAAGAGUCGAUGAGUUUGUUGGCAUGCUUGAUAUGAUUCGAAACGACACCUCACAGGUGGUCAAUGAGAACCUACCCCAGAUACAAAGAAAAUCUGAAGAGAUGAGAGAGAUUUAUCGAAAAAUUGACAAAUUGGAGGCUUUUGUCAAAAUGGUUGGAGCCAAUGUCAGUGCAAUGGAGGAACAAGUAACUCAAGUUGAAGGUGAAGUUGGAACACUACCAGGCGCCUUCAAAAAGAUCUUCCGCACAAUGGCCGUACCAGGUUUUUUAAAUAAACCUGCUAGUCCAAGAAGGCAAUCACAAAGACAUCAAGAGCUUCCCAGUGUAUUUAGGACAGAAGAUUACUUUAAACCUCAGUCUGAGCAGUGAAAGAGAGACUGUCGUAUUGACUUCAAGAAGUACCGACCAAGACCAGGGUUCUCCAACAUCAGCAGAGCUGCCUGCUUUCAGAUGCAAACACCUGGGAUUGCUGACACAAACAUUUCACGGUCACUUUAUCUGCAACUUAUAUAAUGAAUCCUGAUCGAAGCCAACUGUUAUUUUUAGUAGGCAGUCUAACGGCAGCUAGUUUUAUAACCAACAGGAGCUUUGGUUUUAAAUAACUUGUUUUUUCCUGAAGUGCCUCUCCAGGAAGUCUGACACUGUUUCUUAUAAAUGGGAAAGCAUGCUCGAAAAAUGUCAGAACAUUAGUUGAAACGUUUAUAUGAUUUUUACUCCAACUUGUACAUAGUUUUACAGCUUUAUAAUUUUUUUGCCCUCAGUCUUUUCUUCCAGUGCUUGAGAUCUUUUUGCACUACUUUCACUGUUGCUAUUUAUCACUGAUCUGUCUUCUUAUAAAGUCUAAAAUUUGGUGUCUGGCACAUGUUGACAAUGAAUAUUUAAUGAAUUCAUGUAACCAGUUGGUUAUUAUGUAGCAUUCAGUGCCGCACUCAGCCAAACAAUCGCCACAACAAAUAUCGUUUGUCAUGGACCAUUUACUUUUAUACUUAAAUGUCCAUGGACAGUUGUGUUAUGCUAAUUGUUACUUAAUUGUGACUAAUGAUUGUCUAUUUGUAAUAAAUUUCCAAAUGUAGCCUAUCAUGAAGUGACUACAUUUCAUUACUAA